AUGAAGGUAUGGAAGCUCGCAGCCAUAGGCACCAUGGUUUUCGGCUCCAUGUUCUCCAUUUUGGUUUGUAGAGACAUGCUCAGCUGGAGCCUCAAAUCCGCUACCUUCCCUUUGUCGCUGUUCUCCAGAACUGACACCACUGACGCCUCCUCCUCCUCCUCCUCUCCCUUGUUGGCCCCGGGAUCCAGAAGAUUUCCACGGGAGCUGGGACGCCGCAGGUCGCUGAUCUCCCAGUACAGCACUUUGUUUGAGAGCUACACGGAGGGGGAAAUCCACCAACUGAUCUCCACCCUGAUUGAGCGCUACAGCCAAUCCAUGAACUCGGGAGGACACGAGCUGCCUCUCUUCGCCAAAGCCGGCAACCGGAUGAAGCGCGCCAAGGCCCGCCACAAGCCCUGCUCCCUCAAGGAGCUGGAGGUGACUAUCAGCGAGUUGGGCCUGGGCUACAAUUCGGAUGAGACCGUCCUCUUCCGCUACUGCAGCGGGACCUGCGAGUCGGCCGUGCGGAACUAUGACGUCUCCCUCAAACACGUGCGGAGCAUAAGGAAGAUCCGCAAGGAGAAGGUGCGAGCUCGUCCGUGCUGCAGACCGCUGUCGUACGACGACGACGUCUCGUUCUUGGACACGGGGAACCGAUACUACACCGUCAAUGAGGUGUCAGCCAAGGAAUGUGGCUGCGUGUGACCAGGAGGAGGAAACGCCAACGAGAAGGAAGAGAAUCUCCAUCUCCUUUGGCUGCACCCAUGGGGGGUACCAGCCAGGGUGCACCUCCAAGUAGGGAAGCGAAGGAGAGCAGACGAGAGAGAACCGGACGUGGACAACUGCUUGGAAGGUCUACCUUAAGGAUGGCGAUGGAGGCACAGGGCCAAAGGACUUACAGCUGAGGAAACGGCAUCUUUUGCAAGAUACGCCGAGCAGCCUGGGAGCAGAGGUGGCUGCGUUUGCGACCUCCCCUAAAAACUUCCACCUUCUGACCAGCGGGAUGAUGAGGUGCUGGACCGAAGGCUGCCCUUUUCGGUCUUGACCAACGUGGCAUUCUCGGCUUCUACAAGAGGAGGGGGUUUUCCCAGAACUGACAUUGUGUGGUUGGGAAGAAAAAAAAAACUAGAGCACUUCACUCGUUCCCAGCUUUUCAUGCACGAGAAAGGGGUCUCGCCUCUGGUUUUUGACAGAUUGUGUCUGCUGACAUCUUGGAGCAACCGCCGAGGGUCUCCACGGGCGAAGCCUGGGAGGUCCUCCAUUAAGUGAUUCCAUUUGGGAACCGAAGCGGGGCCUCAAUUCCUGUCUGGCAGGCCAAGAGUUUCUUUAAAAAAAAAAGAAAAAGAAAAAGAAGAAGACUUGCAGGGAAAGAGGCUAACAGGUUGUGGAAUUCUUCCCUUGCGUCAUCAAGACGAUGAUCGUAAUGUUAUAUUAAUGUACAGGU